UGUAACUACAUUCAUACGUAGUUACGUCUAUUUUUAGUGUAUUAAAGAUUAUUGUUGUUGUAUUCUAUAUUGUGUUAUUAACUGAAUAAUUCUGUUAUCGGAAUUAUCUUCGGAUGCCAUUUUAAAUUUCUUUAAACAAACUUCUAUUGUUUACUAAAACUUGAAUGAGUGGUUUUGUUUGCAAUAUUUAUUUGUGUCUUAACAUGAGUGACUAGUUCUUGCGUUAAUUUACGUGGAUUACUGGGAUAGUAUUGAAAAUGAGAAGUUCAAUAUUUAGGCGAAAUCGGUCGGGGUCUAGUAGCGACUCGGAACGUGAGCCCUUACUUUCUACCCCUGGCCCGAGUAGUGAAAUUCAAAAUGAGCGUGUGGACAACGGCACCAUGGCUGACGUGGGCGUCUCCCAGUCGGAGCUGGUGGGGACAAGAGGUGACUCAGGGCGGAAAUUGCCACAAUACAUUGCAGCUCUAUCAGCUACACUUGGAGCGCUUGCGGCCGGGUCUAUGCUUGGAUGGUCUUCCCCAGUCGUCUACAAAAUUACGCAGCCAAACAGCACUGAAUACGACUUCCCUGUGACCGUCGCGCAAGGUGAUUGGAUCUCAUCCCUCAUAAAUCUCGGAGCUGCUGCAGUGUGUUUCCCCAUUGGCUUAAUCAUGGACGCUAUAGGCCGUAAAAAAACCAUGUUGUUCCUUGUAUUGCCUUUCACAUUGGGCUGGCUUUUGAUUACCCUCGCAACAAACGUCGGUAUGCUCAUGGCCGGCAGGUUCAUAACGGGUAUAGCUGGAGGAGCCUUCUGCGUGACAGCUCCAGCCUACACUAGUGAAAUAGCCCAAGACUCAAUACGAGGUACUUUAGGCAGUUACUUCCAACUGAUGAUUACAAUUGGUAUCCUAUUCGCUUAUGCCGUCGGUAGCUACACUUCUGUAUUGGUCUUUAACAUUUUGUGUACAUUAAUACCAAUAAUAUUUGGUAUUAUAUUCUUCUUCAUGCCGGAGAGUCCGAACUACUUGAUUGUUAAAGGACAAAAUGAUGAGGCUAGAGAAGCUCUAAUCAAAUUACGAGGUAGCGCAUACGACGUCGAUAGCGAAUUGAACGGCUUAAAACUUAAAGCUGAGGAAUCUCGGCAGAACCAGGUCUCCUUCACUUCUGCCAUCACAAAGAAGUCUGCAGUGAAAGCAAUUAUCAUUUGUUACGCUUUGAUGGUGUUCCAACAACUGUCGGGUAUCAACGCAGUAAUUUUCAACUCGUCGGCUAUCUUCGCGUCAGCUGGCGCGUCUAUGUCCAAUGAUGUAUCCUCGAUAAUCAUAGGAGUUACACAGGUCAUCGCCACAUUCAUUUCCAGUUUGGUUGUUGAUAAACUAGGCAGACGCAUUCUACUACUGUUGUCUGCCUUAGUCAUGUGCUUGUGUUCAACGGCUUUAGGCGUUUUCUUCUUCUUACAAGAUAAACACGGUGAAGGUUCUGAUAUCGUUGCGUCGAUAUCGUGGCUGCCUCUGUUGUCUCUGUCGUUGUUCAUCGUUGCGUUUUCACUCGGCUUCGGACCAAUCCCAUGGAUGAUGGCGGGUGAUCUGUGCAUGAUUGAUAUAAAGGCAUUCGUCGGUUCCACGGCUGGUACCUUGAACUGGCUCCUCAGUUUCGCCGUCACAAGUACAUUCAACUCGUUGAACGAAGCAAUUGGGUCUGGGCAAGUGUUCUGGCUGUUCGCUGGUAUUAUGGUCAUUGGGUUUAUAUUUAUAUUCUUCGUAGUCCCCGAGACGAAGGGCAAGAGCGUAGACGAGAUCCAACUGAUGCUGGGUGCAGAGCCUCGGCAAAGGACUGUAGAUGAUGAUAAGAAAUAAAUAAUAUGAACAGACUGACGAAUUUAUAUCGUGUAGUAUUUUUGUACUGAGACUUAUAUCGAUUAGAUUCUUUGGUGUCAUAUAUAUAUAUAUAUAUAUAUCUCGCACUAGAAAUAUAUCAAUUGUUUGGUACAAUAUUCGAUUCCAAAGAAUUUUCGAAGUCUAUUAUUAAUAAUGUAAUAUAUAAGGUAGCUAUGUGACGUUGUAAGUUUAUAUGUAUUUAUUUAGUUAUACUGUAAUUGUUGGUAAUUUAUGUCUGUCGCAUUGAUCGGGAGGUAGCUCAUUUAGACAUUAAGUUAUUAUAAGUUUAAGGAAAUUGAAGGCUUCAAGUCGAAAAUGAAAAAAAAAUCCAAUUUUAUUAUAAAUUAUACAGGAAUUCAUAUCAUCAGACUACUUAAUUGUAAAAGUAAUAAUUAAUAAUGUAAAAGUGAGGCCAAUGAGACAAUAGUACACAAAGAAACGAACUAUCAGGGGUUUAUUCAUUUUUACAUAUACCUUUUGCAUAAUUACAGAAAAAUAUUUAUAAAAUAUUUAUGAAGGGCAAUGAUUAUGAAAUAUAUUAAAUAUAACAAAAAAACUAAAGAAAACAC